GCCUCACUGGUGAAUAAAGGCUCGUCUUCCCCUGCUGGGGUCUCUGGGUCAGUGCUUAGGAGAAGGGGACCCUGCGCCUCCUGCCACAUCCUGGCCCCCUUGCCAGGAGGGCGUUUGGUUGACGGGACCCAAGGCGCCUUAGGCUGCACGGCGGGGUCCUCAGUUUCCCUGCUGACACGUGCCACUGAGAGCGCUCCCGAGGCCGCUGUUGCCCCGAGUGGGAGUCUCACCUGGACCACAGGAGCCCCCGCCCGGAGCCCCAGCCUGGGCGCAGACCAGGGGAGGAGCCAGGCUCUGGCAGACGUCUGAACCGCGGUCCGCUGUCUUUAAUCCCAAGUAUUGAAUAAGACCUGCUGUCCUAGACCUUCAGAGAACUGUGAUUUCUUCUGCAUUAGUAACUACAUUAGUGAGGGAGUUUGGCCUUCUUUGCUGCCUGAUUUAAGGGGCUGUUGCGUCCAGUAUCAGACCGUGGAUCUGUCAGCCCUGGCUGCUUCACUGCAAAACUGUUUCAAGAUGACCAGUAAAUUCCUGUUUGAGGGGAUAUGGAUGGAUUCACACUUUACACCUCUAGAGAAUGUGUGCUUUGCCCGAGAUGAAUUUCUGGUGAAAGACGAUGAUGUCAUCCUAGUGAGUUUCCCUAGAUCAGGAACACACUGGAUGAUUGAGAUUCUCAGUCUGAUCUACUACAAUGGGGACCCUAGCUGGGUCCAAACUGUCCCCAAUUAUGUCAGGUCCCCAUGGAUAGAGAGUAAAGAUUUUCAGGAAAACAAAAAGAAACGGGAUGGAUCACGCCUCUUGACGUCACAUCUCCCUGUACAAUUAUUCCCCAAGUCCUACUUUACCUCCAAUGCCAAGAUCAUUUACAUAAUAAGAAAUCCAAGAGAUGUUGUUACCUCUUUGUAUCAUUUAUUAAAAGGAGGAUUCAGACACAAGCAACCCGAACAGUUCGAUGAAUUCUUGAAUGACUGUGUGCAAGACAAUAUUGUUUACGGAUCCUGGUUCGAUCAUGUUCUUGGAUGGAUAAAGAGGAGAGAAAUGGGGUCCUUCCUACUGAUUUUCUAUGAGGAGCUGCAAAAGGACUUCAGGGGCAGUGUGGAGAAGAUUUGUCAAUUUCUUGGUAAAAAAUUGAAGCCACAUGAAAUUGACUCAGUCUUGCAAAACAGUUCCUUCUCGGCCAUGAAAGAGAACAAGAUGUCCAACUAUUCCACACCAGACUGUCCUGUAGCUCAUGUCUUCACUGAACCGAUGUUGAGAAAGGGAAUUUCUGGGGACUGGAAAAACCACUUCACUGUGGCCCAGAGUGAAGCCUUUGACAAGUUAUUUCAGGAGAAGAUGUCAGGCUUGGAUGCAGCACUCUUCCCCUGGUCCUGAGACUAAAACGUCUGAUGGUUUUCAGGUGUUAUCUAUGUCUGUUAUUUUUUCUCUCUGCACUUCUGCC